AUGCGCGCCCAUGGUAAUGUGCCUGGCGGGAGCUUCCUGAACGAGCCUAAUGGAGCCCCUCCACGUGGGGGAAGCAGAACUGUGCUAAUCCUUGACGGCACGGAAUUUGCUGAUAGACCCUCUAGAAGGAAGUUGAAGUUGUUUAACCCAUUCGUUGACAGCUACAGCUCCCAUGCAGAUUUGACAGAAGACAAUAAUUUUUACGGCAUCCAGCUGUAUGACUCUGAUUUUGAUGUAGAAAAUAGUGAAACGGAAAAUGACUCAACGAGCAAAUCCACUUUAAGCUCCCCCUCAAAAGAAGAACCCCCAGAUGGUCCCUACAAUAUGGGAUCCAUGUUACAAACUACUCUCCCUUCAUUGGGGGAGGGGCAAUUUGCUAUAAGAGAUGAAAAGGGCAGUCAUAAAAAUAUAUCAAGUGAAGACCCAACUGAAGAUGAUUCGGACGCGACUGUGUUAAGGGGGUGUAUAAAGAACGAAGCUUCGUUGGAAGGGGUAACAAUCGUGGUAGUCCUCAGAAUGGUUGUGAAGGAACAAGUGCAGAUGCUGCUGUAG